AAUUCAACCCUUCCGGAAACGGCGCGAGAACCUUUGCAGUUAGCUGCGUGAUUCGCAGCACAAGUUUGUUUCUUUUUAAUCAGUAGCGAAGUUGAUAAGUUCUGCCGCAUCUCUCUGCGAACGGGGUGAUUUUUUCCCCCCUUUUUGAUACCUACAACCUGUUGAAAAUCGUUCAGGAAAGGGGGGCGAUUUUAAGCGAACGGACAGGAAACACAGGCAGUGCUGACAUCCUGUUACUAGGCUGAUGGUCAGUCAGAUAAGAAGCCUGGCCUGAGCUAGUGAGAGAAAGAACUAUGUACAUAUGAAAGGGGAAUGCUGUGCUUGAGAGAAAGAACUUCCCUUUCCUCUGAGGGAGAGAGAGAGAGCCAGCCAGAAAAUCACAAAGGUGAUGAACUGUGCUUUGUGACUAUCAAGACUAUUAUGGGCUGUGCUUGCUGUAAGCUGAGGAAGGCCCCCAAAGCGUCCACAGUGUCAAAUGCUGAUUCAUGUGACCAAGGGGGUGUUGUUGCGGCAACGGACCCCCGCUACAUUGCACAUCCUACCCAGAACUUAAAUGCGGGGCUCAUUCCAAACUUCAAUGACUUCCCCAACUUAUCCUCUGGCUGUGGUGGGUUUGCUUCCUCCAAUUUCCCCUCCAACCCUACCCAGCCUCGGUCUACAGCAGUAACAGGGGUAACACUCUUCAUAGCACUAUAUGAUUAUGAUGCCCGGACAGAGGAUGACCUGACUUUUCAGAAGGGAGAGAAAUUCCACAUCAUCAAUAACACUGAAGGAGACUGGUGGGAGGCUCGCUCCUUGGACACAGGGAAUUCUGGGUACAUCCCCAGCAACUAUGUGGCCCCUGUUGACUCCAUACAGGCUGAGGAGUGGUAUUUUGGGAAGAUGGGUCGUAAGGAUGCAGAGAGACAGCUUCUGGCUCAGAACAACCCGAGAGGGACUUUCUUAAUAAGAGAGAGUGAGACAACUAAAGGAGCAUACUCGCUUUCCAUCAGAGACUGGGACGAUGCUAAGGGUGACCAUGUCAAGCAUUAUAAGAUCAGAAAGCUUGAUAACGGUGGAUAUUACAUCACCACAAGAAGUCAGUUUGAAACUGUGCAGCAGCUGGUGGAGCAUUACUCAGACCGAGCAGCAGGGCUCUGCUGCCGUUUGAUUGGCAGCUGUAGGCGGGGUAUGCCUAAAUUAGCUGACCUAUCAGUGAAGACUAAGGAUGUUUGGGAGAUACCGCGGGAGUCAUUGCAGCUCAUUAAGAAACUGGGCAAUGGGCAGUUUGGUGAAGUGUGGAUGGGCAUGUGGAAUGGCACCACUAAAGUAGCAGUGAAGACCCUAAAACCAGGCACCAUGUCUCCAGAGGCCUUUCUGGAUGAGGCCCAGAUCAUGAAGCGACUCCGUCACGAUAAGCUUGUGCAGCUUUAUGCUGUUGUGUCUGAGGAGCCCAUCUACAUUAUUACAGAGUACAUGAGUCAAGGAAGCUUGUUGGACUUCCUUAAAGAUGGCGAAGGCAGAAGCCUGAAGCUGCCUCAGCUGGUGGACAUGGCUGCACAGAUUGCAGCUGGUAUGGCUUACAUUGAGCGGAUGAAUUACAUCCACAGAGAUCUGAGGGCAGCCAACAUCCUGGUGGGGGAUAGCUUGGUCUGUAAGAUUGCAGACUUUGGGCUGGCCAGACUCAUUGAAGACAAUGAAUACACUGCUAGACAAGGUGCAAAGUUUCCUAUAAAGUGGACAGCCCCAGAGGCAGCUCUCUAUGGCAAAUUUACCAUCAAAUCAGAUGUGUGGUCUUUUGGCAUUCUGCUAACUGAACUCAUCACAAAAGGCAGAGUUCCUUACCCAGGGAUGAAUAACAGGGAGGUCCUCGAGCAGGUGGAGCGUGGCUAUCGUAUGCCUUGUCCACAAGGCUGUCCGGCCUCUCUGCAUGAGCUCAUGCUGCAGUGCUGGCGGAAGGACCCAGAUGAGAGGCACACCUUUGAAUACCUGCAGGGCUUCCUGGAGGACUACUUCACUGCCACUGAACCACAGUACCAGCCGGGGGAGGACCUGUGAUUCAAAUAUCUGUAAAUUGAAUUGACUGGUCCUGCAAUAGGUUUCUAAAAGUCAUUUUCAUGUAAGACCCUCAAACUAAGUUUCCAUAUGAAUGUAUGUGUGAUGACUUGUAAUUUGUAGUCAUCAUCAUCAAAGAAGUACUGCACAUGAAAGCCAUUUUAAAUCGUCCUGAGUAGCGUAUAAACUUAAUUAUUAUUAUUAAAAAAUUAAUCUUAAUUAUGACAUCCUCUUUUGUUGUUGUUGACUUUGUGGCUUUACUCACAUUGAUGUCACACACUGUAAUGUUCAUGAAUACUGUGCUAGCUGACUUUCCACAGUUUUAUGUGAAGAUAUAGCAUUACUCAAGAUUCAUACAGAACUUUGUACAGGGCUGUGUACAUUCAUAUAUUUACAUUUUGUCCAUAGUACUUCUGUCAGGUCUCUUCAGAUCUGUGGAUUGUUGGUUUUGCUAGUUUUUAAUUGCUUAAGCUUAACAGUUUGAUCUAAACCUGCUUUAAGUGCUGGGGUGGGGUUACACCAUAAUCCAGCAAUGAUGAGGGUAGGGUUAGACACUAGUCCAGCACUGAUGGAACCAUGUGCCUUUAAAGCUUCAGUUUGGGUGAGCAGUCAUGAUUAACCGGAUUAAUUAAUUAAGCAGAGAUAACCUAGCAUCUGCCUGUGAAGGGAAGUAUUUAUCUACCUUUAUAUACUGUAUUUUCAAUUUCACCAUAUAUCAUCAUUUAAAAAAAUAAAUUAAUAACUGUCUCUCAACUAGUGCCUUCAUUUAGCAUCAGAGGUCAGAGAUGUUUAGGACUGACUGGGCUUGUUUAUUAGAACUGACUGUGUAUUUUGUAUUUGCUCUGUUAUGACAGUAGCCUGUUCACCAUGCCUUACUGAGUCAUGUCCCCAUUUCUCUUCCACACAUGCAUAAAUGAGCAUUUGUUAAUUGCAGUGCCCUCUGGAAUAGUGUAAGUCUUUGUAAAGAUGUGGUGGAAAACAUAUAAAAUAGUUUAUGCUUGAAAUAAAUUUAAAAUAUUAUUCUCAAAAUAUGCAAUGUGACUGGAAGAAAUAUGAAAAAAAUGUUCAUUGUAAAGGUAUAAAAUCAAUAAAUAUUUUUCUGCAA